UUACUGCCCUGCUGCUUGGAAUAAUGCAGUGCAGGUUGAAGAAUGAGCAUCAGAAUCCUCCUGCAUUGGCAGGAGGAGUUCCGGCCAGCCAGUGGGACCCUGCUGAGUCUGACACUGAGAGCUUGGCUCAGGAAAGGACCUACCAACAACAGCUCCACACGCACACUGGCUGCUCAGAUGAACCCAAAUUCAUACAGUCCCAAGAGGAAACAACCAACAGAUUGCAAUUGCAACAAGUUUUUAAUGAAGAUAAAGAUAGUAUUGAUGAUGAAUCUGAACAUCUUGGGAUUUAUGAUAGCCUAGAAGUCACAGAAUUCUCUCUGGUCAGAGACUGUGCCAGGCGACCCAUUGAACCUUUCAACACAGAAAAAAAGCAGCAAAAAACACAAAGCGGAGGCAGUGGACAAAGUCCCAUUCCCAGCAGUGUGCAAAGUCCUAUUCCCAUCAUCAUGUUUUCAGAGUCCUCUCCACUGCCUCCUCAAAGUGGCAGACACAUUGUUCCAGAUGAUGCCUACUCAGACCUGCGCUGUGAUCCGAACUGGAGGACCAACCUAAAGGGAGCUAGUUGCUUUAAUGACAGUCUCCAGCUGUCUGUUGAGGAUUUUGACCAAAUGUCUGAGAAGAAAACUCAUCAACCAUGUGGUGAAAGAUCAGAACUAGUAAAACAUGGGCAUAAACGCAUCAUCAGCACUGACCCACCUGUUGAGACGCCUCAGAUGAUUAGCAACGAGUGCGACCAUCCUUACAGCUUACAUCUACAUGAUGAUCAGACUGCCUCAGUAGCUUCCCACCAUCACAACCAUGCUCUACAACUCAGAUUACUAGGAAAUGGCCAUGCAAGUCCCAACAUUGUGACUGAAAAUGAACAAAACAACAGCUGUUUGCAGAGAGGAUUCAAAACUGAGCACGAGAAGGACCGCAACUGUGCUGCUGAAGACAUGGACAGUUCCCUUAAAUUGGAAGAACACAUAAAGGAAAUAAAUGCCAUGUAUGUCCAAGAAUUUGACCGCUACUACGAGCAAGAAAUGGGACACAUAGAGAGCAAAACUAAAACACAACAGGCUAAAAUAUCCAGUUUAAAGAAUUUUCAUCUUUUAGCAAACAAAAAGCUACAAAAGCCAGCGGAUGACAUAGUGGAACGCAACAAAAUCACUCUGGGGUGUGGUACAUCCAAAUGUGGCUCUUAUCUGAAGGCACAUAAACAAAAGCAGGAAACAUCUCAAGUUCUGAAGUUGGAUGAAACUCCAACAGGGGCGACCACUGCAUACACAGAAGACAGUUCAGACUUGGAGCAGAAAACACAACCGCUUAGGGUCACCCAACUCAGUAAAGACAAGAAAACCAAGUGGAAAGAGAACACCAUCUCUUGUCAACAUCAGCAAUCACCUGCCCUAUGGGUUAAUGCUCAACAGGGUCCUUGUUUGAACCUCCCAUUAGAAAGACCUGCAGCCAAAAGUCAGCCAAAACCUAAGAAAGUCAUAGACAGAACACAGCCUUCACCUCCCAGCAUCCACCUCAACAUCAACCUCAACACUACAUCUCAUCUCCUUCCAUUUGUGCAGCAGCAGGGUCAAGAUUCCAUAAUCAACUUGGCAUCUGUUCGCUCCCUUCUGAAUCAGAACCUCAGUUUGAAUGACAGUUGCAUGAACUCUCCAUUCGGCAGUGAUGCUAAUCUUCAACAGUUUUCUUCUGCCAGUGGUCAGUUACAGGAAUCACAGUUUGUCUUGGAUGCAAAGUAUCAACAAACAAAUCCAGGAAAGUCCUCCCACAUGUUUCAGGAAAAGCUAACUGUGGAUCCUCAUCACUGGAACCCAGUAAAGUUUCCUGGACACUGGCAAAGCAAACAUCGAUGUGAUGAUCUCGCAGUAUGCAUGGACCUGUCAACCUGUCUUUUCAGUGGCCUCAACAAGAAGAUGACGGCGUACACUCUAAAAGAGUACAAACAGCACACCACAGUGAAACUGCGCGGCCUGGGUCCAGACUAUGCAGCUACCGAAAAGACAGCCGAUAAAAUGAGACGACAGAAGCUGUAUUCAAAUGUGAUCCGUGAGCAGAACAAAAACAUAAGUAGGAUCCCCUUUCUACCAGCCAAGGACCUGGGAGGAAACAACAAGGAAGAUGCCAGGAUGAAGGCUUUAAAAUAUGCCAAGACAAUAGCCAAGCCCACUGUGCUGUCCCAACCUAAACCGAGAGAGAAAGCACCCGGAUGCCCGCUCUCAGCCAGCUACCUACCUGAAAGACUUGAUGGAUCCCAGCUGGCUACAUUGGAACGCCUUAGAAAGCGACAUGAAGAAGAAAAACAGGCCGUGGCUGUGUUCACAAAGCUGCAUGCUGUCUGAGGCAAAGUACCCAAUAUUUGAACUGUCCCACACUCUGAUAUACCUUUUUACUGCGUGACGAGGGAUCCAACAUGAUGCAUCAUCAUCAGAUUUUUUUUCCAAGUGCAUUAAUAACAAGUCACAGCAACACUUUUUUUUCCAAACACAUACACCCUCACAUAAAUAUUUUUUUAAUUUCAGCAAUUGAAGUUGUGAGCCAGCAGUAGAUUUAGCCUGGUCUUGUUCCUAAGUCAUGAAAUUAUAACACUUUGUCAGGGCACCAGCUGAAAUGGGUGGAUGUGCUGGUGUGCUGGCUACAGGGAAAUGUGAGCCUGCAGUUCACGUCCUUUGAUAGUG